AAGAAAGAAACUACUUUUUACUCAGAGCCAAACACAAAAUUGUGUCGUGUUUGUUUAAAAUGGAUUUUCAUCCGUUUAAACCACGCGAUCAACCCACCGCCAUUGUGACUAAGCCAAACACAUGCCUCUGUUUCUUGAGUCGGACCCAUCAAGAAAAACCUUCGAUUCUCCCUCUACGCUGAGCAAUAUUCCACUGCGAGAAAGAGCAUAUUAAAACCCCCAAAAAAGAAAAUUCCUUUUUAUUUUAAGUUACUAGACGUCCAGCGCCGUCGAUUCGGGCCCGAUCGCCUUUUCUGCAGGGGAAUUUUGGUUUUAUAAUCCGCUUUGUCUCAAUGGAGAGUGAAGUCCUAGAGGAGGAUGAUCAAAUAUAUAAUUGCUGAUUGGCGGCGGUGAGAGGAUCUUUAAAGUGUGACAUUUAUUAUGCUCUAUUCUAGGUAGUAUCUUUCAUUUAUUAAUGAUGGAUAUAGAAUAUAGCACAGAAUUGAAUGAACAACCACAGAUGCUUCCUCCUCCACCUGGAACCUUUGUAGAUAGAGAAGAACUUAUUCAGCAUAUUGGUGAAUUUGCUGUAUCACAAGGGUAUGUGGUUACUAUUAAGCAAUCUAAGAGGGAUAAAGUGGUAGUCCUUGGCUGUGACAGAGGAGGUGUCUAUCGUAACAGGAGGAAACCUGUCGAUGAGUCUGCUGCUGAAUGUAUUCGCAGAAGAAAGACUGGUUCUCGGCUUACAAAUUGUCCUUUUGAAGUUGUGGGUAAAAAGGAUGAUGGUUUGUGGGUACUUACUGUUAAAAAUGGUACACACAACCAUGAACCCUUGAAGGACAUUGCAGAACAUCCAUCUGCUCGUCGUUUUUCAGAGAAAGAAGUCUUGUUAAUAAAAGAAAUGACAGAAGCUGGAUUAAAACCUCGACAAAUUCUAAAGAGACUGAGACAAAGCAAUCCUGAUCUUUUAUCGACACCAAAGCAUGUUUAUAAUGUCAAAGCCAAGCUCCGGCAAGGAAAUAUGUCAGUAAGAAACUACAAGUCAUUGAGACCUCAGAAAUCUGCUGUAAGAAACAAUUAUCUGUCAGUUAUGGAGCCAUCCUGGAGGCAACGUAACCCACCGAGGGUUCCCAAUCUCAUUGGGGGUAGAUUUGUUGAUUCACAGUCAUUCGCAUCUAUUGAUGUUAUAAACCCUGCAACACAGGAAGUGGUUUCUCAAGUUCCUUUGACUACAAAUGAGGAGUUCAGAGCAGCAGUUUUUGCAGCAAAACGGGCUUUUCCAUCAUGGCGAAGCACUCCAAUUACCAUCCGACAGCGUAUAAUGUUCAAGUUUCAAGAGCUCAUUCAGAGAGACAUUGAUAAGCUUGCUAUGAACAUUACCAAUGAACAUGGGAAGGCAUUGAAGGAUGCAUAUGGUGAUAUCUUGUGUGGAUUAGAGGUGGUUGAACAUGCUUGUGGAAUGGCGACUUUGCAAAUUGGGGAAUUUGUUUCCAAUGUAUCAAAUGGAGUUGAUUUGUAUAGCAUUAGAGAGCCUCUUGGUGUUUGUGCUGGCAUUUGUCCCUUUGACUUUCCAGCUAUGAUCCCCUUAUGGAUGUUAUCUAUUGCAGUUACUUGUGGUAAUACUUUUAUACUAAAGCCAUCAGAGAAGGAUCCAGGGGCUGCCGUGAUGCUUGCUGAGCUAGCAGUGGAGGCUGGCCUGCCUAAUGGUGUUUUAAAUAUUGUUCAUGGCACCGAUGAAAUCAUUAAUACUAUUUGUGAUGAUGAUGACAUCAAAGCUAUAUCUUUUGUUGGUCCAAAUACUGCUGGUACUUAUGUGUAUUCUAGAGCUUCAGUAAAAGGGAAACGUGUUCAGUGCAAUAUUGGAGCCAAAAAUCAUGCAGUUGUAAUGCCUGAUGCGAGCAUGGAUACUACACUAAAUGCUCUAGUUACAGCUGGCUUUGGAGGCGCCGGACAGAAGUGCAUGGCACUCAAUACAGUUAUUUUUGUUGGAGGCUUGAAUCCAUGGGAAGAUAAACUAGUGGAGCGUGCCAAAGCACUUAAAGUACAACCUGGAACAGAACCUGAUACAGACCUUGGUCCAGUGAUUGGCAAGCAGGCAAAGGAACUCGUAUGCAGGUUGAUCCAAUCAAGCAUUGAAAGUGGUGCAAAACUAGUAGUUGAUGGGAGAAAUAUUUUGGUUCCAGGGUACGAGCAUGGGAACUUCAUUGGGCCCACAAUCUUGUCUAAUGUCAAGGCCAGCAUGGAAUGUUACAAGGAGGAAAUUUGUGGCCCAGUUCUCCUGUGUAUGGAGGUUGACAGCUUAGAAGAGGCUAUAGACAUUGUUAAUAGGAAUAAAUACGGCAAUGGAGCUUCUAUAUUUACUACAUCAGUUGUAGCAGCAAGGAAAUUUCAAACGGAGGUUGAGGUUGGGCAGGUUGGCAUCAAUGUUCCAAUCUCGUCCACACUGCCCUUUUCUUCUUUUACCGGCUCCAAGCCAUCCUUUGCGGGUGAUCUCAAUUUUGAUGAAACUAAUUCUGUAUCAUGUGGCCCUCAGGCAAGGCAGGAAUUCAAUUCUACACACAGAUUAAAACAGUUACUCAACAAUGGAAGGAUGUAGCAGGCAGUGAUAUGGCGACUUGCCAAGUUCCAAAUUCGUAUUAAUAGUGGACUUAACAGCAUAUUAAUUUAAUAGUUUCCCUCCCUAUUUUCCUCUUCUUUUCUCUACUAAAGAAAUAAGGUUUUAAUGUGUAAUGGAAAUUGAGUUGUCCCAUUUUUUUUAGUACUAACAAUUAUCAUCCUAGAUGCGUGGUUGUACAAACUUGAAUUUGUAAAAAGAAAAUUAAGUGGUAGAUGAACCGAAGCCAAUAUUUAUUCGAGA